AUGAUAAGCUUGAGCCUUAAACAAUCUAAAAAGCAAAAAUAUAAGUCUGUUAGUUCAGAUGAAAGAUAACAAAUUAUCAAACUGUUUUUGGAAAAUGCAUAUUCUGCUAACUAAGUAUUUUAAAUUUAUAGUACAGAUAGCUAACCUUACAGGCCAUAAUUUAUCAACUAUUAAAGCUAUAUACAGAAUAUAUAAAAAUGAAGGUAGAAUAUAUAAAAAAGAAAAGAGAGAUAAACAAAUCAAAAUAAAACAAAAUGUUAUUGUGUUAGUGGUUGAUGAAAAGUACCCAAUUUAUACUAUAAUUGUAGAACAAGACAUAUGAAUAUUAUAGCUAAAUAAUAAUAAAAACAAGAAUUAAUCAUAAAGAAUGAAGAAAUUCCUUAUUUAUCAUUUGAGAAUACAAUUAAUGAGACUUUUUUAAAUUCUGCUGGUGAUGUCCUUAAACAUUUAGAUAGUUUGGAAUCAAAAUAAUGCUUCAAUUAAACAAUAAAAAAGGUCAAGAUUCAAAGUUUAGAGAUCAAAGACUUUCAAGAGAUUAAAGAAAACACAAAUCAAGUUAAAGAGAGAAUUAAGAUUUAAUCUUAAAUUUAAUAAUUUCGAAAUCUUUUUUCUUCAUAAGAAUUGCCAAAUAAGCAAAAAAAAUAGCCCUCACUUCCCAAAAACCUUUAAUUAUAACCAAAUUCAAAUAUAUCUGACCUUAAAAAUAUUUUAGAAUUCUAAAUUAAUGACUAUUUUCAAAAAUCUUCUAAUGAUAAUUUUUGA